CAUUGGGCGAGUCAAAUCUAUAAAACCGUCUAACUGCAGUUCCUGACAGAAGAGUCCUUCUUCUCCGGGGUGUUGGAGUAAGCGGAAGUUGAAAAAUAAAAGCGAGCUUCGCAGAAUAUAAUCGUGCUGCAGUUGUCAGUUUCAUCCAGAUUUUCACAGCCUGCAGAAUCACACUCCGUUAACUGCUUUAACUCCGACAUGAUGAUGCAGAUAAACACAGACGUCUGCUGUCACAGGCACUCGCUGCUAAAUGUGAUGAACCGCUUCCUCGCGGCGGCGAACAACAUGGACGAGACUAUCAUGGUGCCUAAUUUACUGCGGGACGUACCGCUGGAGGACCAGGACGGAGAGAUCUCGAUGCAGCUGUCCUUCCCGAGCAAGCAGAGGGACAUGUAUGAGCACUAUUUGCUGCUGAAGUCCAUAAAGAAUGAUAUGGAGUGGGGUUUGCUGAAGCGCGACAUGGGUGGCGGCGCCAGCUUCCUGGAGAUGGCGGUGAAGCAGGAAGAACAGAAGGUACCAGGCGGACCAGCGGAAGACCACCCCGACUUAGAAAGUCAGUUCCACUUCCACCUCCGUGGACUCUUCGGGGUCUUGUCCAAGCUCACAGACCAAGCAGAUCACCUCACGAACCGGUACAAGAGGGAAAUCGGCGGCGGGAGUCUCUUGCGAUAGAACUGACCGGUGUGCUUUACAUGGACUACCACUUGCACUUUGCUGAGGGACAGAACUCGAGCAGUGGACUCGCACAGCCACUCCUGCCUGUGGGGUCGCCUCUAAGCAAGACCUAAAUCUAUUUCCAGCUGCACAACUACUCAAGAGUACUGCUUUGUUUGGGGGAUACAUCUAAAAGCUGUGGGGUGUUUGGUGAUAUAUUUUUUUCCUCUUUACAACAAGUGGUUUAAUUUGAAAGGUUAAUUUUGCUGUUUUGAAGUUCUAUUAAGUGUUUUUGAGUAAGUGUGUGUCGGGGCACCCCUUAUACUAUACCAUGUGGCUUUAAAAGUUCAUAAGGUAAAAAAAAAUGGUGUUGGAGAGAACGUGAAUGCUGGUAAUUCUGUUUAGAUUUAUUUAUUUAUUUUCCCCCUCACCUCAACCUAAAUUCCCAGUGUAUGUGUGUAAAAUCCACAGGUCUGGUUUUAACAAAGGUUCCUUUUAGCCCCCUGCUCUUAUGCACUUCAACCAGAAAAGCUUUCCCUUGAGCUACGCUCUUCAUUGAAAACAUGAAGGUUGUGUUCAUUUGAUUGGUUUGACCUGUUGCCACAUUUUAGUGUUUGUUUGCCAUAAAUGUUUACUUUUAUAUAAAAUGUAAUAAAUAAAGUAGACUUUUACAUGGA